GGAAGAGGCGGGCAGGUGGAGGCGGGGUUAAGAUGGCGGCGCCUUUGAGGAUUCAGAGCGACUGGGCCCAAGCCCUCAGGAAGGAUGAAGGGGAAGCCUGGCUGAGUUGUCACCCCCCAGGGAAACCAACUUUGUAUGGUAGCCUGACUUGUCAAGGAAUUGGCCUCGAUGGCAUCCCAGAAGUUACAGCUUCAGAAGGAUUUAUUGUGAAUGAAAUAAAUAAGAAAAGCAUUCAUAUUUCUUGUCCGGAGGAAAACGCAUCCUCGAAGUUUUUGGCACCAUACACUACUUUUUCCAGAAUUCAUUCCAAGAGUAUAACGUGCCUGGACAUUUCCAGUGGAGGCGGCCUUGGUGUGUCUUCUAGUGCUGAUGGGAGCAUGAAGAUCUGGCAGGCUUCCAAUGGCGAGCUCAGAAGAGUAUUGGAAGGACAUGUGUUUGAUGUGAAUUGUUGCAGGUUUUUCCCAUCAGGCCUUGUGGUUCUGAGUGGGGGAAUGGAUGCCCAGUUGAAGAUCUGGUCAGCUGAAGAUGCUAGCUGUGUGGUGACCUUCAAAGGUCACAAAGGAGGUAUUCUGGAUACAGCCAUUGUUGAUCGGGGCAGGAAUGUGGUGUCUGGUUCUCGAGACGGAACAGCACGACUUUGGGAUUGUGGGCGCUCAGCCUGCCUGGGAGUUAUUGCAGACUGUGGUUCUUCCAUCAAUGGAGUGGCUGUGGGUGCUGCUGACAACUCCAUAAAUCUUGGCUCCCCUGAGCGGAUGCCCAGUGAACGGGAGGUUGGAACAGAGUCGAAAAUGCUGCUGUUGGCACGGGAAGAUAAGAAACUUCAGUGCUUGGGACUGCAGAGCAGGCAGCCGGUGUUCCUCUUUGUUGGCUCAGAUGCCUUCAACUGCUGCACUUUUCUCUCUGGCUUCUUGUUAUUGGCUGGGACACAAGAUGGAAACAUUUAUCAGCUGGACGUGAGGAGUCCGAGGGUUCCAGUACAAGUCAUCCACAGGUCAGGAGCACCGGUUCUGUCCCUGCUAAGUUUCAGAGAUGGAUUCAUUGCUAGUCAAGGUGAUGGAAGCUGUUUCAUUGUCCAGCAAGACCUAGACUAUCUCAUUGAGCUCACUGGGGCUGACUGUGACCCUGUGUACAAGGUAGCCACAUGGGAGAAGCAGAUCUACACAUGCUGUCGAGAUGGUCUUGUGCGACGCUAUCAGCUCUCUGACCUCUGACUCCUUGGAAAGAGGAG